CAAGAUCAAAUUUCAACAUAUGGAACGCGCACAAAAGAGAGAGGAAGAUGGAAGAACUUACAUGGAGGAGGAAGAGGACGGCAGCGAGAGAGCAACGAAUGGGAUCGUCAACACCAGUGCUCCAUUGGUGGUCACCUGAACCAAGCAAGCCAACAAGAAAAGGAAAUGACCGAGAAAUUAGGGCUUGGACAAGUUUUAGUUACUUUCACAUUAUAGUCCUUUUGCUUUUUAUUUCCGUGGAUUUAAUUUUCGGCUGGACCUUUAUUUCAAUUAAUAGAAAAUAGUCCCAUAGGACUAAAAUUAAAAUAAAAAAAUAAAAAAACUAUUGCUAUCAAAAAUAAAAAAUAAUAAUAAAAUAAAACUUUGAACAUUUAGAAUGGCGGGAUGGACAAGGGAGUUGGGAGCAUUGCAUGCAGGCGUUAGAACCGCUGUUGUCUUCUUUCUAAAUUUAUUUAUUUUCUUAUUUUUUCUUUAUAUUAUAAACGUUGUCUUCAACACAUCACCUUCCUAUACUCCUCAAUUUUUGCUCCAACACUCCUUCAAUGUCUUCCUCCUUUUUUCUUGUAAUUGUUAAAAAAAAAAAAAAAAAACUUUUGCUUCUCUCUCCUCAGAAAAGACACGAACAAAUAUGAUCAAGAACAGAAACUUUCAACAACAAUUCAACCACAUUACAUUAAAAAUCAAACAUAUCAAUCCUCAAUAAUUAACCACUCUCAUUUUAAUGAAAUGGGGAGUUACAAUUAUUACAAAGUGUUGGGUUGUUUUAACAGGAAGUUUAAGAUUAGCGAAACGGGCCCACCACCGGACGUUAAUGAUGCCUUUUCCUUGUACACACAAAAAGGGACCCACAUGACUGCAGAUCAAUUGGCUAGGUUCUUGGUAGAGUAUCAGGGUGAAAAUGGAUGCAAUAUUAAUGAUGCUGAAGGAAUUAUACAGGAAGUUGUGAAUAGAAGGCAUCAUCUUACAAAGUAUACUAGGAAUGCACAUUCUCUUGAACUAGAUGAUUUCUUCUAUUAUUUAUUUCAGGAUGAUCUCAAUGGCCCUAUCAAAUCUCAGGUACACCAUGAUAUGAAUGCUCCAUUGCAACAUUAUUUCAUUUAUACAGGUCACAAUUCCUACCUUACUGGAAAUCAACUGAGCAGCGAUUGUAGUGAAAUUCCAAUUAUUAGAGCUCUCGAAAGAGGUGUGCGGGGAAUAGAGCUGGAUUUAUGGCCAAAUUCAGCAAAAGAUAACGUGCAUGUUCUUCAUGGAAGGACCCUGACCACGCCUGUGCCGCUCUUUACAUGCUUAAAGUCCAUUAGGGACCAUGCAUUUAUUAAAUCUCCUUAUCCUGUCAUAAUUACGUUGGAAGACCACUUGACACCAGAUCUUCAAGCAAAAGUUGCAGAGUUGGUUAUCCAAGUGUUUGGGGAGAUGCUAUAUUAUCCUCGGUCAGAAUGCUUAGAGGAAUUUCCUUCACCUGAAGAGCUUAAGCAUCGGAUUAUUCUUUCUACCAAACCACCCAAAGAAUAUCUUGAAUCGAAGCAUCACCAAGACAUAGAAAGUGCAUCUCCUGCGAAGAAAGAUUCAGUUGAAGGUGACAUUUUGGUCAAGGAGACUUCAGAAGUUACAACAGAAGGACAUGAAGCUGAUUUCAGGAGUGAUACUGAUCAAGAUGAUGAAGAUGGUGAUAACUCCAACUACCAAUCAUCCCAGCAAGGAGCACCUCAUUACAAGCGUCUGACAGCAAUUCAUGCUGGUAAGGCCAAAUGUGAAUUGAAGCAUGAACUAAUAACAGAAGAGCUUAAGCAUCAAACGGUUCAUGCUACCAAAUCUCCCAGAGAAGAUCUGAAGCAUGCCAGAGACAAAGAAAAUGCAACUCCAGUGAAGAAAGAUUCACAUGAAAAGAACCUUGUGGCCAAGGAUACUUCAGAAAUUACAGUCGAAGAACAUGAAGCUGAUGGGAGGAAAGUUAUGGAUCAAGAUAACAAAGUUACUGAUCCCUCAAACCAUCGAUUCCCCCAGCUAGGAGGACCUCAGUACAAGCGCAUGGUAGCAAUGCAUGCUGGAAAGGGGAAACAUGCGCAAAUACCUGAAGAGCUUAAGAAUGGGAAUCCUCUUUCUUCCAAGCCGCCCAAUGACUAUAUUGAGUCAAAGCAUCAGAGAGACAGAGAAAGUGCAUCUUCAGUGAGAAAAGAUUCAGUUGGAAAGGACCUUGUGGUCAAGGAGACUUCAGAAAUUAAAGCAAAACAUGAAGCUCAUGAGAGGAGUGAUACAGAUCAAGAUGACCUAGGAAGUGAUCCCUCUAACUGCCGGUCAUCCCAUCAAGGAGCACCUCAGUACAAGCGCAUGGUAGCAAUUAAUGCUGGGAAGGCAGAAUGUAGCUUGAGGCAUCCACCAACUCCUCAAGACCUUAAGACCCACAGAGAUAGAGAAAGUGAGUCUUCAGCGAGGAAAGGUUCACUUCAAGACUUUCUGGUCAAGGAGAAUUCAGAAAUCAUAGCAGAAGGACAUGAAACUGAUGAUAGGAGUGAUACUGAUCAAGACGAUGAAGAUAAUGAUACCUCCAACAACCAAUCAUCCCAGCUAGCAGCACCUCAGUACAAGCGUUUGAUAGCAAUUCAUGCUGGGAAGGCAAAACAUGGGGUGAAGCAAGCACUAACAGAUGAGAUUAUUAAAUUCAAUCGUCUAAGUUUGGAUGAACAAGCACUUGAAAAAGCUGCGACGAAUCAUGGAAAGGAUUUGGUCAGGUUCACUCAAAGGAAUAUCCUGAGGGUUUUUCCCAAGGGAACACGAGUUACCUCCUCGAAUUUUAAGCCUAUGACUGGCUGGAUGCAUGGAGCUCAGAUGGUUGCAUUUAACAUGCAGGGAUAUGGAAAAUCACUCUGGAUUAUGCAUGGGAUGUUUAGGUCUAAUGGGGGCUGUGGUUAUGUAAGAAAGCCUGGUUUUCUCAUGGACAAAGCACCACGUAAUGAAGUAUUUGAUCCCAAAGUGACAUUGCCGGUGAAGAAAACUUUACGGGUGAGAGUAUACUUGGGAGAUGGAUGGCGCAUGGAUUUCAGCCACACACACUUUGAUGCGUUUUCUCCCCCAGACUUCUACACAAAGCUAUAUAUAAUAGGAGUUCCAGUAGAUGCUGCAAAGAGAAAGACGAGGAUAAUAGAGGAUGAUUGGGGUCCCAUAUGGGGUGAAGAGUUUAAAUUCCCCUUGACAGUGCCAGAGCUGGCUUUGCUUCGGAUUGAAGUACGAGAAUAUGACAUGUCAGAUAAGGAUGAUUUUGGAGGCCAGACAUGUUUGCCUGUCUCAGAGUUGAGACCUGGGAUACGAGCAGUCCCUCUCUAUGACAAGAAGGGUGAAAAGCUUAAUCAUGUUAGACUGCUUAUGCAAUUUCGAUUUGUCUGAGCUGCAAAAAUUUUGUUCUUUUUCUUGGUAGGAUUUUUUGUCAAAAACAAAAGCUCAAUUCGAUUGUUUUUCUUGUAUAUCCUUCGUGUGAUUCUCGCACAUCCACUUCUCUUUUUGUAUAAUGGAUGUGAAGUUUAUUAGCAAA